UCUGAUAUCGAAGCUGCACUUCCGGUACACGUGCCUCGAGCCACGAGCUUCAUCUUAUUGUUGGAACACACGAUUGAGUUGCUCGCGUGGCCCGUGACACAUGGUGCACAUGACAGAGCGACAGGCAGACGUUAUUGGGGCAUGUCUAUCGUCUAUCCUGGCGAGCAAAGUGUCUUUGGACGUCCGAAUUGACGCGUUUCGUGCGGCGAAAAGUUUCACGGACUCGUCGCGAUAUCGGGCUCGGAUCGGCGAUCAGCCAGGUGUGCGGCUCUGAUGGGAGAGCCUGACGAACUGUACCCAGAGAAGAUCAUUUAUCCGAGAAAUACCAGGACGUUGGCCAAGACGGUUGUGAUUGGGGGGAAACCUAUCGAUGAGGAGACUUGCAUGGCUCUGAGAAAGUUGGUUUUCGGAAGCAGCGCUAGUCCACCGAGACAAGAAUGGGCAAGAACCGGAUUCACCCUACGACCUUACGGGCAAAGCUUGGCAUUUGGAUUACGAGCACCGAGAAACACGACCAGGGGCCUCGUCACCGCUGUGCAAGCUAUAAUGCUCAAGCAUUUCCUGUUUAAGUGUAACAGACAAGACGCUCAUGCCAAUCCAGAAAGUCUGUUGAAGCCGUUGUAUGACAGACAGAUCGACGUUUUGACAUCGACGAUAGCAGAGAUCGUUUGGCGUUGCGCCGGUGGAUUCGUCGUGCAAAGUGCCGGUUACUCGCCAAAUCAGAGUGCUACAGGAAACGCGAAACCGAGAGCUGUGGUAGUUUUGCCUCAAGAAACAUCCUAUGUGCAGCAUAGCGUGCAAUACUUUCAAGAUGGUCUUACAGAAACCUUGCAUUUGUUCGAGUUCGAUUCUCUGGAGGACUUGGAAAUAUUUAUUAAGAGAUAUUUAUACUUGUUUCAGGACGAGGGCGGCCCUGGUGCCACGCUAUUGUUGUACAGCGCUGUACUUUCUAGAGGAAUUUCCAAAGUGCAAGCUGAUCUAGAAGAUCCAAAGGGUUCGAUAUUAAGCGGUUGUCCAGAGGAAGGCCCCAUAAACGUCGUAAUUCUCUCGUUAACCGGUCGCGCUUCACCUCACCUGCACAAUGGAGUGCUGCAUGUGGGGGAUGAAAACACAUACGCUGUGCCGCAAUGGGGUGUCCUUGCGAGGAGUGAAGUAGGCUUUCUGGUGCACGAGGGUGAUGGACAACUGAGCAAGCAGCCAGGUUCCCGUUUGAAAACUCCGAAUUUGCCGAUUUGGGUUACACUCUGCCAUGGUCAUCACGGUGUUCUGUUCAAUAUCAACCGCGAAUUACUUCGAAAUUAUCAUGCUGAACGACGUUUCGAGAUCCAAUACUUCACGUGCGGCGGCAGCCAUGCUAUUUUAACCGUGGACACCAGGUCGAAUUCCGGAAAUGAUUCAGAGUUCGAGGGCCCGAGCAAAGAAUGCAUGGACAUUGCUGCGACUCCCUUGGAGAAACUCAUUCGCUCCAAAUGGCAAGAUGCUUGCAUACAAUGGAACGGAACACCCUUAAUGUGAUUGUGUCUCUAUAAUCAAUCAAUCGAUCACUGUGCGUCUCUGUAAAUUUAGAUUAUGUUAGCAGAACGUUCCAUGUUCUCUGUUUAGAUCGUAGCAGAUCGUAUGUACGUAUAUAGUUUACAUUGUCAUUGUAAAAGUUUCUGUGCUUCGAGAGGAAAGAGAUUAUUUCCAUGGUUCUUGUA